AUGCCCCUUCUUGGCUUCGGCGUCUAUCAGAACUACAACGCGACCCCUUCUGUUAUAGAGGCAUUCAGAGCCGGCUACAGGCAUGUCGAUUCUGCCCAGGCGUACAAGAAUGAAGCCGAUGUCGGUGCUGCUUUUCGCGCAAGCGGUUUAAAGCGGGCAGAUGUCUUCCUAACCUCAAAGUGUGUGUCCAAGACCCACGGAUAUGACAGCACCUUGAAAGGUGUCGAUGAAUCUCUAAGCAACUUUGGAGUCGACUAUCUGGACUUGUUCCUAAUUCACGAUCCCUUUUCCGGCACUGAACGUCGUCUUGCUACAUACAAGGCCCUUCAGGAAUGCAAGCAGGCGGGAAAACUUCAUACCGUCGGCGUCUCUAACUAUGGUGUCAAACACCUGGAGGAAAUAAGAGCGGCGGGAUUCGAUAUGCCCGCCGUCAAUCAGAUCGAGGCAAGUCUCCAUCCGUUCUGUCAACAAAAGGAAAUCGUCAUGUAUUGCAAUGAAAAUGACAUUGUAGUGCAAGCUUACUGUCCCCUCGUUCGAGGGAGAAUGGAUGACCCUAAAGGAUAUGUUCCUCUUCCGAAGAGUGCAACUGCAGAGCGUAUUCGCUCGAACGCGAAUCUCUACGACUUUGAAUUAACGGCAGAAGAAAUAUCAACUCUAGAUUCACUAGACCGCGGAAAGGACGGUGCAGUGAGCUGGAAUCCUGUUGACGCCCCGUAA